UUAUUGAAAGUUUUGCUGUAAAAGUAUAGCCCACGUUUACCAAUAUUUUUUUAGUAGGCCUAAUAAUGCUACUAAUUGUUGCAGACGGAAAAUGUAUUUUUAAAAAGGCUGGUUUUAACAUGAGGCGUGGUGGUACUCACGUGUCCACAAUCAAGGCUUUGACAUCGACACAGGUGAAUUGCUCUCGAAUCUCAAUGACUAAUAGCCCGGACAGCUCGAGAGUGAAGCAAGGUUGAGUGCAAUAGAGGACACACAACGCAGGAGCGAUUGUAUUAGUUGUUUAUCGACACUUACCCCAGAUGUUUUAGUGGUAUCUUAAAAAGCUGAAAUGUGGAAUAUUUUUAUGUGAAAGCUGUGAGCAAUUUAUGGUUUCGGAUUUCGUGGAAUUUUCUUUUAAGUAAAACCAAAAUGUUCUCGCACCAGUUUGGUGUCCACAAAUGGCAAAUUUUGAUGGUAACUCUAUUGAUAUUUGUGAUUAGAGGUGUAAACUGUGACUUGACCAUCUCUCCCCGGGAAACUCGCUGGUCAACGCCACUGUUGGCAGCAACGUGACUCUGGUAGUGGCCAUCAGUGGUGCACCUGACCCUGUGGUCAAAUGGAAGAUGGGGAGUUUACCUGUGGUUACCUGGACCCUUGGCUCCAGUGUUGCACCAGACAUAUCCGCCAUUCACCGUGAUGUGCUGAAGAUUGAGGCCGAUGGGUCCCUCACCUUCCAAAAUGUGUUGUUUGUCUACAGUAACACCUACACAGUGGACAUAGUCAAGUCUGGAUUGAAGACAGUCUCAGCCACAUUUGUGCUAAAGGUCUAUGACUACAUCCAGAACGUGUCUGUGAACACAGAGCCUGCCGAGGCCAUAGAGGGAGCCAACAAGUUCACUCUUCAGUACAGCACACUGCAGGGAGAGGCCGACCAGUGGAGGUGGUACUUUAACAGUGUGGAGAUACAGACCAACUUCCACUACACGGUGGGCCAGAAGAGCCUGGUCAUCCAUCAGCCCAACCGGACCGACACAGGACUUUACACCUUGGUCCUGACCAACCCUUUCAGCACUGUCACGUCUCAUAGGAAAAUCACUGUUCUCUAUGGACCAGACGAGCCCAUGCUUGGAGCCAGUCCGUCCCAGGCCUUCUUUGUUUCCGGAGAUUCCCUCUCUCUCUCUGUCAGGCCGAGGGGGUUCCCCAGCCCUCCACCUCCUGGAUGUUUGGGGGUCAGACCCUGCCUGUUUCCCAAGGAGGAAGUCUCAAUCUGACCAAUGUCCAAACUAGCCAGGGGGGUAUAUACACCUGUGUGCUGGUCAAUGAGAACACCAGAACGCAGCUCAAGAGGAACUUGACGGUCAACAUUUAUGAGAGCCCGACAGCCAGCCCACUGUGCUCAGUCAAUGCAGUGAACGGAAAUGUCGACCUGCAGUUCCACUGCCAGUGGCCAGGAGGCACCCCAGAAGCCCUACUGGCCUUCCCUGCCUUGAACAACGCCACCAGCGGUGCCGGAGACUUCAGCCUGACUACGCCUGCCUCUCAGGACAUCAAUGGGAAAAUGGUCCUCUGUAUGGCCUAUCACCCCCUCCAUCAGACACAGUGCAAUAUUACUGCCACUGGUCCUGCAGAGUUCCUACCGAUGGUCUUGACCACAGUGGACCAAGAUGGUAAAAUAGUGGUCACCAUCCACUGCAACAGCCAUGCCACGCCCAAGGCUAUGGUCACAUGGUCCAAAGGCCCCACCAUCUCAGAUUCCAGUCUUUUCCCUAAUCAAGAUGGAACCAUCGUCACAAUGACCUGGGAGGUCCCUCCCACCUCUGUGAUUACAGGCUUUGACAUACAGAUGAGCGGACCAGACCUCCUAAGUGGCAAUAAAAAUGGCGGCCGACGGAAAAGAGCCACAGAGGGAUUCCGGAGCAUUCAGCAGAGGCCCGGAUCCUCCCGGAGCACUGAUAUCUCUGUUCUGGAUCCCAAAUCCACAUACUACUUCCGGGUCAUCCCCAUUGCUGGCAGAACUCAGGGGGAACCAUCAGGGGUGCAGAGAAUUGGACCCGGUGGUCUGAGCGGACCACAGAUUAUAGGCCUCGCUGUCGGGAUCCCCUGUAGCCUCCUCUUCCUCCUGCUCCUCAUCGGCCUCAUAUACCUCUGUGUCUACUGCUGCAGGAAGAAACGUCAACAGAACAGAUAUCCCGUGCCCAAAGCAGUGAAGGCGGUGUCAACCCAACCAGACAUAAACACUCCCAACCAUCUGCUGACUGGAGGACUCAAACCACUGCCUGAUUACAACAGAAUAACAUUACAAGUGGCUCCGUCUGAGCGGUCAAUCCCUCUCCCCACGUUUGUCGCUCCUCCCCCUGUGAGAACUGCCACAAUUGUGUAAACUGAAUGAAACUGUCAUUUUCACUGUGAUAUGCAAUUAUUUUAUGUCCUAAAUGUUUUUAUAUUUGAUAUUCUUAAUAUUGUUUUAUCACUAACUUGAAAAGCUCUUGUGUAUAUGGGGAUAUGAUGCUCUCUGUAACUGCAAAACUGAAUGAGGUGUUUUUUAAUCAAGAUUGUGUUUCUGCGUCAACCAAAUUGAAUAUACAUGUACAUCUAAACUCCAAUCUUGUUGAGCAGCAAACUUUGUACUUUUCAAUAAAUCUUAUAAAAAUGA